UCUCCCUCAUUCCACAACAUUCAUCCAAAAAUUUCUAUCAUCCUCCACAAUGACAUCUGAUCUUGAAAAUGCCACUUCCACGUCAUAUUCCCCUUUGCCGGAUUCCGAUAAGCCAUCGUCAUCUCAUCGGAGACGACCUAUUACCCUCUUGUCCGGAAUUUUUCUAUCUAUGUUACUUUUAUCAUCUUUAGUUGCUAUUAUGUUCAACCAACAUAACCAAGUAGUACAUAAAGAAGAAAUUGAUACACUGACACCCCCAAAGGCAAAACCCGUCUCUAGAGGGGUUUCCCAAGGGGUGUCUGAAAAAACAAAUUUCCAACUGUCAUCAUCCGACACGGAUGAGAUAUAUCCUUGGACCAAUGAUAUGCUUUCUUGGCAAAGAACUGGCUUUCAUUUUCAACCUCCUAAAAACUGGAUGAAUGAUCCCAACGGUCCAUUAUAUCACAUGGGAUGGUACCAUCUAUUUUAUCAAUACAAUCCGGAUGCAGCUGUAUGGGGAAACAUCACAUGGGGACAUGCUGUUUCAAAGGACUUAAUCAACUGGUAUCAUCUCCCUUUUGCCAUGGUCCCAGAUCAAUGGUAUGAUAUCAAUGGUGUUUGGACUGGUUCUGCCACCAUCCUCCCUGAUGGUAGGAUUGUCAUGCUUUAUACCGGCGACACCGAUAAGGAAGUCCAGGUCCAAAACUUAGCGUACCCCGCCAAUUUAUCUGAUCCUCUUCUCCUAGACUGGGUCAAGUAUCCAAAUAACCCGGUUUUGGUCCCUCCACCUGGCAUUGGGACUAAGGAUUUUAGAGACCCGACUACAGCAUGGCUUGGGCCAAAUGGGAAAUGGAGGAUUGCAAUAGGGUCAAAGGUUAAUAAAACGGGCUUAACGUUGGUUUAUGAAACGGAAGAUUUCACGAGCUAUGAGUUGUUGGAUGAGGUUAUGCAUGCGGUUCCUGGCACGGGUAUGUGGGAAUGUGUUGACUUUUAUCCGGUGUCAACAAUCGAGUCAAACGGGUUGGACACGUCAGUUAAUGGACCGGGUGUUAAGCAUGUGUUGAAAUCAAGUUUGGAUGAUGAUAAACAUGACUAUUAUGCACUUGGGACAUAUGACGCAAUUAGUAACAAAUGGACACCUGACAAUCCGGAACUAGAUGUAGGUAUCGGUUUACGAUUGGACUACGGAAAGUAUUAUGCAUCAAAAACUUUUUAUGACCAACACAGACAAAGAAGACUCCUUUGGGGUUGGAUUGGAGAAACUGAUAGUGAAACUGCUGACAUUUUAAAGGGAUGGUCUUCUGUUCAGUCCAUUCCAAGAGAAGUGGUGUUCGACAAAAAGACCGGGACGAAUGUACUUCAAUGGCCGGUUAAAGAGGUCGAGAAAUUGCGAUCCAAAAAAACAACAUACGAGAAAGUGCUUCUUAAACCAGGAUCACUUGUGCCACUUGACGUCGGCUUAGCUACACAGUUAGACAUAUUAGCCACUUUUGAGAUUGACAAGCAAGCGGUCGAGGGCGUACUUGAGGCAGAUGUGGGUUACAAUUGCACAACAAGUGGUGGUUCUUCUUCAAGAGGAGCACUUGGACCAUUUGGGUUGGUGGUUCUUGCAGACGAAACGCUUACCGAACAAACUCCUGUUUAUUUCUACAUCGCCAAAGGUGUUGAUGGGGCUGCUACUACAUACUUUUGUGCUGAUCAAUCCAAAUCAUCAACAGCUUCAGAUGUCACAAAAUUAAUCUAUGGAAGCAGUGUUCCUGUGCUACAUGACGAGACUUUUAGCAUGCGAUUAUUGGUUGAUCAUUCAAUUGUGGAAAGCUUUGCCCAAGGCGGAAGGACGGUAAUAACAUCAAGGGUAUAUCCAACAAGAGCAAUUUACACAGCAGCAAGGGUGUUCCUGUUUAAUAAUGCAACAGGAAUAAGUAUCACAGCAAAUGUAAAUGCCUGGAACGUGGAGUCCGCACAGCUUGACCAUUUCCCUCUUGGUCAACAUUAAAAACUACAUUCAUCAUCUACUUAUUUGUUAUUAUUAAAUAUCAUACGAGUACGUAGUUUAUUUAUUUUUGUGACCGGCAAUUCAAGCCGGCCCACAGUCAGCUGCUUAUGUUUCCAUUGAGCAGAUUAUGGGUUAUUAAAUUCUUAACGAAAUGGUUGCGUCUAAGCCGUCUACCCAUGAUAUGUUUGUGAUCACUGGUUUGUAUAAGUUGAGCAGAUUAUGGGUAAUUAUUAAAGGGGAUAAGGUGGUUGUUUCUCUUGGUAUCUCACUCGGUGAUGUUAAUAGAUGGAAUUAUGGAUGCCAUGUUUUGGAUAAAUUUGUUAUUGUGUAAAUUAAGGUUUUAUUGAGAUAUAUAUGAGUUUUACAAA